CACUCCCACGCCGCGCGCCAGCGGUGGCGGCUGCCAUGGAUACCGGCAGGUGAGCGGCUGAGGCGCGCGUGGUCCCUGCCCCACCCGCGCUGAGCGAAGAGGAUGCGGUUGUCAAGGCGACAUGGAUAGGAGGAGGAGAGGACCGAGGGAGGAGGAAGGAUGGGCGGCCUUGGCGUAGCCGCAGGGAGGUGACUGAAGCGAGUCCAGCCCCUUGCAUCCUCCCCCUGUGUACCUCCCUCCUCUUUUUUUCCUCCUUCUGCCAGCAUAAGCAGCCACCGCAGCACCUGAGCCGCUACUGCCGCUGGCUCAGGACAGCGCUAUGGCUGAGCCUGGUCUCAAUCCUCAUCCCUCUGCCAGAGGCGGAGGAAGAAGUGAAAGGCGCACAUCCCGGCUUCUGUGGCUGUUGCUCUGGGCUGGGACCACCUUCCAGGUGACCCUGGGAACCGGACCCGAGCUUCACGCCUGCAAAGAGUCAGAGUACCACUUUGAAUACACGGCGUGCGACAGCAUGGGUUCCAGGUGGAGGGUCGCCGUGCCACACACCCCGGGCCUGUGCACCAGCCUCCCCGACCCCGUCAAGGGCACCGAGUGCUCUUUCUCUUGCAAUGCCGGAGAGUUUUUGGAUAUGAAGGACCAGUCCUGCAAGCCCUGCGCAGAGGGCCGCUACUCCCUCGGCACUGGCAUCCGGUUUGAUGAGUGGGAUGAGCUGCCUCACGGCUUUGCCAGCCUCUCGGCCAACCUGGAAGUCGAUGACAGCAUCACUGAGUCCACGGAGAACUGCACUUUGUCCAAGUGGGUUCCCCGAGGAGACUACAUCGCCUCCAACACGGACGAAUGCACAGCCACUCUGAUGUACGCCGUCAACCUAAAGCAGUCUGGCACAGUUAACUUUGAAUACUACUACCCGGACUCCAGCAUCAUCUUUGAAUUUUUUGUCCAGAAUGACCAGUGCCAGCCCAAUGCCGAUGACUCCAGGUGGAUGAAAACUACGGAGAAAGGAUGGGAAUUCCACAGUGUUGAGCUAAACAGAGGCAAUAAUGUCCUCUAUUGGAGAACCACAGCUUUCUCAGUGUGGUCCAAAGUGUCCAAGCCCGUGCUUGUGAGAAACAUUGCCAUAACAGGUGUGGCUUACACUUCGGAAUGUUUCCCCUGCAAGCCUGGCACAUACGCCUCCAAACAGGGCUCCUCUUUCUGCAAGCUUUGUCCAGUCAACUCUUACUCAAAUAAAGGAGAAACUUCUUGCCAUCCAUGUGAUCCUGACAAAUACUCAGAAAAAGGAUCUUCCACCUGCAAAGUGCGCCCAGCCUGCACAGACAAGGAUUAUUUCUAUACCCACACAGCCUGUGAUGCUAAUGGAGAGACACAGCUCAUGUACAAAUGGGCCGUGCCAAAAAUCUGUGGUGAGGACCUCGAGGGAUCAGUGAAGCUGCCCGCCUCUGGUGUGAAGACCCAAUGCCCGCCCUGCAACCCAGGCUUCUUCAAAACCAACAACAGCACCUGCGAACCCUGCCCCUACGGCUCGUACUCCAACGGCUCCGAUUGUACCCGCUGCCCAGCGGGAACUGAGCCUGCGGUGGGAUUUGAAUACAAGUGGUGGAACACGCUGCCCUCCAACAUGGAAACUACUGUUCUCAGCGGAAUCAACUUCGAGUACAAAGUCCUGACCGGCUGGGAGGUGGCUGGUGACUACAUUUAUACAGCUGUUGGAGCCUCAGACAACGACUUCAUGAUUCUCACUCUAGUUGUGCCAGGAUUUAGACCUCCCCAGUCAGUGAUGGCCGACACAGAGAACAAAGAGGUGGCCAGGAUCACAUUUGUCUUCGAGACCGUGUGCUCUGUGAACUGUGAGCUCUACUUCAUGGUGGGCAUGAAUUCUAGGACCAACACUCCAGUGGAGACGUGGAAAGGCCCCAAAGGCAAGCAGUCCUACACCUACAUUAUCAAGGAGAAUGCUACUGUGAGCUUCACAUGGGCCUUCCAGAGGACCACUCUGCACAAAACUGGCAGAAAGUACACCAACGAUGUUGCCAAGAUCUACUCCAUCAACGUCACCAACGUCAUAGGUGGCGUGGCCGCCUACUGCCGCCCCUGCGCCCUAGAAGCCUCUGACGUGGGCUCCUCCUGUACCUCUUGUCCCGCUGGCCACUACAUUGACCGAGAUUCUGGAACCUGCCACCUCUGCCCCCCCAACACCAUCCUGAAAACCCACCAGCCUUACGGUGCAGAAGCCUGUGUGGCUUGUAGGUCCGGGACCAAGAGCAACAAGAUCCACUCCCUCUGCUACAAUGACUGCACCUUCACCCGAAACUCUCCCACCAGGACGUUCAACUACAACUUCUCUGCUCUGUCAGGCACUGUCUCUCUGGCAGGAGCGCCGAGCUUCACUUCGAAAGGGCUGAAGUAUUUCCAUCAUUUCACUCUGAGUCUCUGUGGAAACCAGGGGAAAAAAAUGGCUGUGUGCACAGACAAUGUCACUGACCUCCGGAUCCCGGAAGGUGAAGCUGGUUUCUCCAAGUCCAUCACAGCCUACGUCUGCCAGGUGGUCAUCAUCCCCUCGGAGGUGACCGGCUACAAGGCCGGGGUGUCUUCACAGCCCGUCAGUCUUGCUGACCGACUUAUUGGGGUGUCGACAGACAUGACUUUGGAAGGAAUCGACUCCCCAGCUGAACUCUUCCGCCCAGAGACCUCAGGAAUCCCGGACGUGAUCUUCUUUUUCAGAUCCAACGAUGUGACCCAGUCCUGCAGUUCCGGAAGAUCAACUACCAUCCGUCUCAGGUGCAACCCCAUGAAAGCUGCUCCUGGCACCCUGAGGCUCCCCAGCAUGUGCUCCGAUGGGACCUGCGACGGCUGUAACUUCCACUUCCUAUGGGAGAGUGCGGCUGCUUGUCCCCUCUGCUCAGCCUCCGACUAUCACACUUUUGUGAGCAGUUGUGUGGCUGGGAUUCAGAAGACGACCUACAUGUGGCGGGAACCAAAGCUGUGUUCCGGGGGCAUCUCCCUGCCCGAGCAGAGAGUCACCAUCUGCAAGACAAUAGAUUUCUGGCUAAAAGUGGGCAUCUCUGCGGGCACCUGCACUGCCAUCCUGCUCACCGUCCUGACCUGCUACUUUUGGAAGAAGAAUCAAAAACUAGAAUACAAAUACUCCAAACUGGUCAUGAAUGCUACCCUCAAAGACUGCGACCUGCCAGCAGCUGACAGCUGUGCCAUCAUGGAAGGAGAGGACGUGGAAGACGAUCUCAUCUUUACCAGCAAGAAGACACUCUUCGGGAAGAUCAAAUCCUUUACCUCUAAGAGGACUCCUGACGGAUUUGACUCGGUGCCGCUGAAGACAUCUUCAGGAGGCCCAGACAUGGACCUGUGAGAGGCGCAGGCCCUGCCUCGCCUGCCUCUCACCUGGGCGCACCACCCUGCAGGCCUGUGGCAAGUUAGGUGCCAGCAUCCUGGACUCCCCACUGCUGGGAAUCUCCUCACUGUGGCCUUAUCAGAAGUUUGGAUUUCAGACCCUUGUUUUUUAUAGAGUACCCAAACCUUUCUCUCUGCUUGCCUCAAACUGAUCAAAUAUACCCACACUUUGUGUAUGGUU